AUGGAGGCCGCAGCGGUGCAGAGCCAGGACCUCCUGAUCCCGUUGAUCGACUUUUCCAGCUUCCUCAACGGAGAUGAAAUCCAGCGGCAAGAGACGGCCAAGGCUAUUCUUCACGGCUUCCAGACAGCAGGCUUCAUCUACCUCAAGAACAUCCCCAUCCAUCCCCAAAGACGUAGAGAGGUCUUUGCCAUGUCGGCCAAGUUCUUUGAACUAGACACGGCGACCAAGAUGUCCCUCGAGUGGACAACCCCACAGGCUAACAGAGGAUACUCGGCCCCGGGCCGGGAGAAGACGACCCAGCUCAUAGACAUCGCCGAGGUCGCCAAGCUCAAGGCGGCCAUACCAGACAUCAAGGAGAGCUUUGAGAUUGGCCGCGAGGGUGAGGAAGGACAGCCCAACCAAUGGCCCCAAGAGUCUGGGGACAUCCUCGGCUUCAAGAAGAUGAUGCUCGACUUCUUUGCCCAGUGCAAGGCCGUCCAUGUCGAGGUCAUGAGAGCGAUCGCCAUCGGCAUGGACUUGGAAGCUUCCUUCUUUGACACCUAUGUCGAUGUUGGCGACAAUACUCUGCGACUGCUGCAUUAUCCAGCCGUCAAGAAGGACGUGUUCCAGAUCAACCCUGGUCAGGUUCGUGCUGGUGAGCACUCCGACUACGGCUCCAUCACACUGCUCUUCCAAGACUCGCGCGGUGGGCUGCAGGUCCAGAGCCCGAGUGGCGACUUUGUGGAUGCAACUCCCAUAGACGACACAGUCGUUGUCAAUGCCGGGGACCUGCUCGCCAGAUGGAGCAACGACACUAUCAAGAGCACUGUACACCGUGUGGUUGAGCCGCCUCACAAGAAGGAGGGUGAUACGUACGGCGACACAUACCCGGCUCGGUAUAGCAUCGCAUACUUCUGCAAUCCCAAUUUCAAGAGCCAUAUCGAGGCCAUUCCUGGGACUUUUGCGACCGAGAGUGAGAAGAAGUAUGAAGGAAUCAAUAGCGGAGAUUACCUUGUGCAGAGGCUGGGGACAACCUACUGA